AUGUAAUAAAAUCAAAAACCUCUGCUUAUUAUUGAUUCCAGAUAUACACUCUACGACAUGAGACAAAAAUAAGUAUAUAAAUAUAAUACUGUCCUUUAAAAAUCAUUCCUGUUACUAUAAGCACAUUUUUAAAUAUAAGUAAUAUUUUGUCACUCUAAACCUAAUACUAAUGACUUUUUUUACAAUGAAUUUCAAAGAAAUUUUUAGGGAAUCGACUCUAAAAAACUAUCAAUCCAAGAAUUAAAAGAGAUUUCAUUUUAGAAUUUAGAAUUAAUUGUAGUAACUCAUAAUUAUGAAUAAUUCACUCUCAAUUAGAAUUAUCAAUUAUACUAUUUCUCUAGUAUCUCAUAACAAUUAGAUAAAAAAAGAGAAUUAGAACUUAAAUAUUACUAACAAAAUCCUAAACCAAAAUUUCACAUAUCUCACAUUCUUUAAGUCAUGUCAUAUUUUUCAAAGUCUGAAAAUCCUUUUUGUGUUGGAUAUUAUUUUUACCCUAAAAAGUUUAAUGAAUUAAUUCAAUUUUAAACAUUAAUUAGCAACAACAAUUUUACUUACCUUCCUAUAGAUUUUAGAUUUUUUAAUAAAUAUAUACAAAUUGAUUUAUUGUUUCAUAAAAUUAUGGAUAUCUACAAGAAUAAGGAAAUAAACAUGAAAGAAAAUGAGGUUUAAUUAUUCUAAUAAAACUAUGACAAAUUUAUAUAAGAAAAUUCCUAAUUACCUGUAAUCGACUCAAUUGAAUGCCUACAGACAUUAAUCUAGAGAGAUGAACUAAAUACAAAAUUAGAAUCUAUCUUAGCUAGUCCUGAAUUUUAAAAUGUCGUUAAGGAGCAUCACAUUAAAAUUAUGACCCCAAGAUAAAUAGUUUAUAACAAUAUUGAUUAAGUAUAAGAUUUAUCAAAUUUGGAAUACCCACUUAUUGUUAAAACUAAAUAAGGAGCACUGACUGCUAAUUGCCAUAUUAUGGCUAUAGUUGUUAAUGAAAAAGGACUCAAAGAGUUGUUUAAGCAAAAAUAAUUUAAGUAUGAGAUUAUUUUUAGAUUAGAGGAGAAUUAAUCUUGUAGUAAAUUAUUAACCAUAACAGCAUUAUAUACAAAAUAUAUCAACUAGGGAGUAAAGUGAUAGUACAAAAACGUAAGUCUAUACCGAAUAUCGAAAUUAAUAAUUUCAAAUUUGAAGAGGUAACAAAGAUAUUUAUAUUUUUUAGGGUUUUUAUGUUUUUGACACACAAAAAGACUUGUUUAAAAAUGUUUCAGAGUGUCUCAAAUAAGUUGAUGAGGGAAUUCAUGAAUGUUCUAAUGAAGCUUAAUUGUAAAAGUAAAUGGAAUUAUUAUCUUCAAUAAUAUCAAAGGAAUUUAAACUACAUUUAUUUGGAUUUGAUAUAAUAGGAAUGAAUUAGGAAUUUUAUAUCAUUGAUAUUAAUCAUUUUCCAGGAUAUAAAAAUGUAUGAAUAAUUCAAUACUAUUUUAGGUUGAAAAUGCUAUAGAACUUUUUGAAUAGUUAUUUAUAUAAGUAUCAAAAAAGUGAGGAUCC